AUGGAAUCAUCAGAAUCAGGACAUGAUGGUUAUACUAGUAGUUAUAUGAAAUAUAUUCAACCAUCAAAAUUGUCAUUUAAAUAUAACAGACCACUAAAUGAAUUAUGUUAUCAGUCAUACUAUGAUAGUCAUACAAUUCCAUAUCAUUAUCAGUCAGAACGUAAAAUUGAUGAAAAUAAUCAUAUUGUGAUAAGAAAAAUCCGUAAUUUCUCGGAAAAUACAACAGCGCAUGGUGUACGACGAAUAUUUAUUGCUAGAAAUGCAUAUACUGCACGAUUAUGGUUAUUUGGAAUUAUUCUUUGCUUUAUUAUACUUAUUGUACAAGCAUAUCAAUUAGUAAUGAAAUUUAAUCGUUAUGAAAAAAUUACCAGUAUCGAACUUAAAUUUGAUUAUAUACAAUUUCCUGCUGUAACAUUUUGCAAUUUGAAUCCAUAUAAGAAAAGUUUAAUUCGAUCAGUACAAUCUGUUAAAGAUACGAUGGAUGUUUAUGAAAAUGCGAAAUCAUUUCGUAAAGUUCGCACAAAACAACAAUUACCAAUUGGUAUUAUUCGUAAACAAUCUAAUUAUCAAAAACAGCAUUUAUCGCAGUUAUUUGACAGCAGAAUGAUCAAUGAUUUAAACAUUAAUUAUUUGGAAAAUGUAAAACGACAACGACAAGAGAGAAAUGUUAAAAAUAAUUUAUUUAAAAAUAAUGAUAUUACUAUAACUAAUAAAUCUAAUAAAAUUCAUGAAAUUAAUGAUGAAAUAUUAUCAUCAACUAAUACCCGUUUCAUUAGCAAUACUAUAAAUAGUAAAAAUAAUACUAUAACAACAACUAAUAAUACAAGAACAGCAACAAAAACUGCUGCUCUAACAAGCAGUAGUGAUUUUGCUAAUGCACAGACAUAUAUGAAUGAUACGUUAAUUAAUGAUAUUAAAACAAUUAUAAAUGUAAAUGAUGCAACUGCAGCAGUACUAAGGAGUAAACGGAUGGCAGAGACAAUGCGAUAUGAAGCAAUUGAAGCACAUUGUAAAUGUAUUGGUAAAUCAGAUAUGGAAUGUAUUCGAUUUGAAUCAAUGCCACCAUCUGAUGACAGUAAAUGCAUCUGUACGUAUGACAAUGAAAUGAACAUUGCUUGGCCGUGUUUCAAUAUAUCAAUAUGGUAUCAAGAAGAUUGCAUUAUAUGUUUUGAGGAUGGUUUUUGUGAGCCAAAACAAAAUUAUCUAUUUCAAAGUUCUAAUUGGCCUUGUUUAUGUCGGAAUCGUACCAUUGAUUCUGUAAGCUUUAAAUUUUAA